AUGUUAGAAGAAGUUAAUAAUAGUGAAGGAAAUGAUUUUUAUUCAAUCACAGUAUUUACCUUUUCAACAAUAUUAAGUUGGUUCUUUUCAUUAGUAUCUUAUAUAACCAUAACUUUAUCCUCAUGGAUACUACGAAUCCUUUCAUGGUCGUUUACAUUACGAUUAAAUUUUAUCACAUUAUUAAUAAUUUUUGUAAUCGUGAUAACCAUAACAUAUUUAAUUGUUAGAUAUCGUAUAUUGACGAAAUAUUCCCGACUUCCAACAGAAACGACAGCAACUAAACAAGGUUCAUACGAUUUACAUCCAGCACUUGAUGGAGAGAAUGUUAGUAAUAUUAAGCAUUAUCCUGAUGAAUUCCUUAGCAUGUUUUUGGAAGGUAUUAAAAUAUUUGGAUAUUUGGAAAAACCAGUUUUUCACGAGUUAGCAAGACAUUUGUCUACUAAAAAGUUAUUGGCGGGAGAAAGUUUAAUGUUGGAAAAAGAAAGAAGUUUUUAUAUCGUCGUUGAUGGAUUUGUUCAAGUAUUUGUUAAAACGGCUAAUGAAGAAGAUAUUGUAUUGGACCCUUUUGAAAGUGAUGAUUAUAAUAGAGGAUAUCAAUUAUUAAAUGAAGUUACUAAUGGUGGGACUUUGAGUAGUUUAUUCACCAUUCUUAGUUUAUUCACCGAUGAUAUCGAUAUAAGGUACGAUGAUCCCGAACAGAGACAAAAUGAAGAAAAGAAGGAAGCGAACGUAAAAGGAGAAAACAAUAUUGGAGAAUACUGUGAAGAAGAAAAGGGAAAUAAUGAAAAGGUUGGAGAGAAGACUGAACAAAUUCGCUCACUAGAAGAUGGUGGAUGGUCAAAUGCUCGGCCAUCACCGGUUGAUACAAAAAGUGAACGGAGUACAAAUUCACGCAAUUCAGCUUCUUAUACAAGACCAAGUAUAUUACGAAGAUUAUCAAAGGAAUUGGCAAACACAUCCGUUAAUCCUAAUAUAACAGCAAGGGCAACAGUUGAUACUACAUUAGCAGUAAUACCAGCAGAAGCAUUUCACAGAUUAACGGAGAAAUUUCCAAAGUCUGUGGCAAAUAUAGUUCAAGUUAUAUUGACGCGUUUUCAACGCGUUACACUUUGGACGGGAUACAAGUAUUUGGGAUUAACAAAAGAUUUAUUAAGAACAGAGAAAUUAAUGAAUGAUAUAGCAAGUUAUGGACUUUCUAAAGAUUUCUUUAAAGCGGGAAGUAUGGAAAGAUUACGAAUGAAAUUUGUUGGAAAUAAUAAAAAAUAUCAUCCAAGAGAGAUCAGACAUCAUGAUAUGGAUAUGAGCGAUACAAAAGUACAACCGUCCAAUGGAUCACCUACUAGUCCAACUAGCAAAAAAGAUUAUGAUACAGAAGAUGAUUUGUAUCUUAGAGAAUCUGUACUCGAAGGAAUUUCAAAGGGUAUUGGAUUACUACAAAGUAAUAACAAUAGUCGAAAUGCUACUACUGUGACUGGUUGUAAUAAUCAACAACAGAAUUCAAGACAUAAUUCACUUGAUUCAAAUACAUCACAAGAACUUGGGACUAGUGGUUCAUAUAGUAGUUUGGCUACUUUAUUGAAUAUUUCAGAUGAUGAUUCGGUGGCGGAAACCAUCUCUUCAAUGACUAGUGAAUUAGAUAAUGAUGUUGAAAUAUUGUAUUAUCAAAAAGGUAGUUUAUUAGUAGAGGAAGGAGAGAGGAAUGUAGGAUUGUUCUUUGUCAUUGAUGGAUUAUUGGAUGUAUUUGUCACGUCUAAUGAAAAUAACUUUCUUAACAAAUAUUCAAAUCUUUCUGCUUCUACAAAGGGUCAUCAUAAAAAGAAAGAUUCUAAUAAUAAUAACGUUAGCCUUAAUUCAACUACUACUAAAGACAAGAGUUUAUUCAUGAUUAAACCAGGUGGUUUGGCAGGAUAUUUAGCUGCACUUACCGGGUUUCAUAGUUUCGUUAAUAUUAGAGCGAGUACAGACACAUAUGUUGGAUAUUUAUCUAAACAAUCAUUAAACAGAUUAAUGGAAAAAAAUCCCAACGUAUUAUUAACAUUAGCCAAAAGAUUAAUCACAUUAUUAUCACCAUUAUUAUUACAUAUCGAUUUUGCUUUAGAUUGGGUUCAAGUAAACGCGGGACAAGUAUUACAUCGCGAAGGAGAUUCUAGCGAUAGCAUUUAUAUAGUAUUAAAUGGACGUGUACGUACAAUUAAUGAGAAAGCAAAUGGUAUUAUUGAAAUUCUAGGUGAAUAUGGACAAGGUCAAAGUGUAGGAGAAUUAGAAGUGAUGACAGGUGCACCCCGUCCAUAUACGCUUCAUGCCAUUCGUGAUACAGAAUUAGCACGUAUGCCAAGAACGCUAUUUAAUGCUUUAGCGCUUCGACAUCCAGAAAUUACCUUACAUAUAUCUCGUAUUAUAGCAUCACGUACGCGAGUACAGCAAGAAACCGAUUAUAACAAUAAUGAAUUUGGUAAAAAUAAUACCAAUCUUAAAACAGUAUGUAUUUUACCUGUUAAUGGUAACGUACCUAUAACAGAAUUUGCAGAAAAAUUAAAAAAUGCAUUGGUUAGGAUAGGCGAAAAUACCACACUAUUAAACCAAGAAAGUGUUAUUAAUGUAUUGGGUAAACACGCAUUUAAUAGAAUGGGAAGGUUAAAAUUAAUUAGUUGGUUAGCUGAACAAGAAGAAAAUGUUAGGAUUGUAUUAUAUUUAGCAGAUGGAGGAAGUAAUUCUUCAUGGACUCAAACAUGUAUCAGACAAGCAGAUUGUAUAUUAUUAGUUGGAACGGGAGAUGAUGAUUUUUCAAUAGGAGAAUAUGAAAGUUUUUUAAUAGGAACAAAAACCACGGCAAGAAAAGAAUUGGUUUUAUUAUAUCCAGAAAGGAAUUGUACUCCUGGAUCAACAAGAAAUUGGUUGAAGAAUAGACCUUGGAUUCAUGCUCAUCAUCACGUAUCAAUGAGACUUAAGCCACCAAUUCUUGAUGAAAAGUCAAGAAAAAACACAUUAAUGAAUAUUAAAGAUCAACUACAAAAAUAUUAUCCAAAACGCAUACCAAAACGAUCACCUGCAACUUAUACCGGUAAUCGAAGUGACUUUUCUAGACUCGCAAGAAGACUUGUGGGUAAAAGUAUUGGGCUAGUAUUAGGUGGGGGAGGUGCAAGAGGUAUUGCGCAUAUCGGUGUGAUCAAAGCAUUUGAGGAAGCAGGAAUACCAAUUGAUAUAGUCGGGGGUACGAGUAUUGGAAGUUUUAUUGGUGGAUUAUAUGCGAGAGACUCUGAUAACGUUGCAAUUUUGGGUAGAGCCAAGGCAUUUUCCGGUAGAACUAGCAGCAAAUGGAGACAAAUAAUGGAUUUAACUUGGCCGAGAACUGCUUGGUUUACCGGUCAUGCGUUUAAUAGGGGUAUAUGGAAAAGUUUCAGCGAUACGCUAAUUGAGGACUUUUGGUUAUCAUAUUUUUGUAUCACAACCAACAUUACUUGGUCACGCAUGGAAGUACAUAAAGCCGGUUACGCUUGGAGAUAUAUUAGAGCUUCAAUGUCAUUAGCUGCUUACCUUCCUCCUUUAUGUGAAAAUGGAAAUUUGUUAGUUGAUGGUGGUUAUAUGGAUAAUUUACCUGUUGGCGUUAUGAAAUCGAUGGGAGCAAAUACAAUAUUCGCUGUUGAUGUGGCAAGUCAUGAUGAUACAUCACCUGUUUAUUAUGGUGAUAGUUUAUCGGGAUUUUGGGUCUUAUUAAGUAGAUUCAAUCCAUUUUCUAAACAAACCAAUAUCCCUACGAUGACUGAUAUUCAAUCUAGAUUAGCUUACGUUAGUAGUGUUAAAACGUUAGAAGAAGCAAAAAAUACGCAAGGCUGUUUUUAUAUGCAAUUACCUGUACAACAAUUUGGUACUUUAGAAUUUAAUAAGUUUGAUGAAAUUCUAAAAGUUGGUUAUAAAUCCGGUAAAGAAAUGAUAAAAAAAUGGAAGGAUGAUGGUAAAUUGAAUCAUUUGUUAGAUCAGAACAAAUCUGAUGACAAAAGGAAUAGAAUUCGUAGAAGAAACAGUGUAUAA